UGAAUGACACCGUGCUACACUGUGAGGUGAAUGACACCAUGCUACACAGUGAAGUGAAUGACACCACUCUACACUGUGAAGUGCAUGACACCAUGCUACACUGUGAAGUGAAUGCCACCAUGCUACACAGUGAAGUGAAUGACACCAUGCUACACAGUGAGGUGAAUGGCACCAUGCUACACAGUGAGGUGAAUGACACCAUGCUACACAGUGAGGUGAAUGCCACCAUACUACACAGUGAAGUGAAUACCACCAUGCUACACAGUGAAGUUAAUGCCACCAUGCUACACAGUGAGGUGAAUGCCACCAUGCUACACAGUGAAGUGAAUGACACCAUGCUAUACAGUGAGGUGAAUGGCACAAUGCUACACAAUGAGGUGAAUGGCACCAGGCUACACUGUGAAGUGAAUGACACAAUGCUACACAGUGAGGUGAAUGCCACCAUGCUACACAGUGAGGUGAAUGCCACCAUGCUACACAGUGAAGUGAAUGACACCAUGCUAUACAGUGAGGUGAAUGGCACAAUGCUACACAAUGAGGUGAAUGGCACCAGGCUACACUGUGAAGUGAAUGACACAAUGCUACACAGUGAGGUGAAUGGCACAUGCUACGUGGUGAAGUGCAUGAAACCAUGCUACACAUUGAGAUGA